GCGGCGCAGCCCCGCAUGUCCUCACCUGGAACGGGGCCGAGGCGGCGGCUCCUCGGGGCGGUGCAGCGCGUCCCUGCGGCGCCCCCGACCCCGCGGGGAUGGUGUGCGCGGCGCGGGGCGGGGGCUACAGCGGCGCCCCCCGGCCCAGCCUCCGCCCCAUGGCGUGCGGCGCGGUCUCUAUGGCGACUGCAGAGCCGGGCCGGCCCGCGGGGAGGGGUAACGGCUGCGCGCAGGCGGAGGGCGCUCAGCGGGUCACGGGGCGGCUCGCAGCGCUCCGCAGGGGUGGGUUGGGCCCCUCGCCGCGGCCGCCGCCAUCCCUGCGGCAGUGCCGGCCGGAGCCCGGCCGCGCUCACUCGCGCCGCCGCCCCCGCGCUCGCCCUUCCUUGGCCGCGGCGCCACCGAGCCCGCUGUCCUCCGGGGCACCGCCCACAUCCCCCUUUCCGGAACGAUGAUUGGGCAGCCGCCGAGAUUCCUCACGGGCGAUUGGCUCUGGGCGCUGUCAAUCCGGGCGCCGAGGGCGGCCGCCCCUGGACGCGGCGCUGUGCAGUGCGGGGUUGGUUGAGCCGACCAGCGCCGCUACCGCCGCGGCUGCCCCCGCGCAGCCCCGGGACCGAGAGGCGGGAGGGGCGCUGGAGUUCUCGCUCCCGACGAGGUUGCAAGGGUCAGCGCCCGUGCCGGACACUGGGGCCGGCGCAGGGCCCUCGCCGCCGCAUAGCUGCUCCCGGGGGGAAGCUGCGUCCUCCUGACGGUGCCGCCUCGGCCUCGGCGGCCGGGGCUGGCUGUGCUGUCCGCACCUGGGCGGGGUGCCCGAGGCCUGACGGCCACAGGUCCUGCCUGGCCUCCGCUGGGGCGAGAAGGGCUGAGGAGGGAGAGGCUUGGGAGGCGGAGGCGGGAGGGUCGCCUCAGGGGCCUCUGUGCCCUGCGGGGUCCAGCGCUGCCUCGGGGGCACAGCGCAGCUGUCAGCCCUGGGCUCCGAGCGGUGACAGUGGGAAACGCUGAAUGUGUCCCAUGCCUGGGUGAGUACGGCCUUGGAAGGGAAGGCUUCCCGUUCUCACAGGUGACUGCUCGCUGCAGGCAGGACUCUGCAGCCCCGUGAAGACAUGGAGCGGGCGUUCCUCAGUGGAUGCCAUCGUGCCGUCAUCGCACAACAGCCGACAGGAUGCGACUGCAGGGCCACAGUGUCACCCCAGAGCCUGCAUCCAUCUGGCAGACCAGCAGCCAGGAGGGGCCUGUUCUGUGGGAAAGGGGAAGGACAGAUUGGCUGUGGUCACAGCAACUUGUAUGAAUGCUCUGCCAGUGAGGAGGUGCACAAAAAGCUGGAGGGGAACAUGGCCAGGACAGCUGACCCAAACUGUCCAAAGGGAUAUUCCAUACCACAGAACAUCAUGCCCAGAAUACAAAUGGGGAAGGAGGUUCCAG